AUGUCUCCACAUCCAUGCUUCGUCUGUAUGUCGCCUGCCAAUGAGUGUCAUUUUGGAUCCUCAUCUCAAAUUUGCAGGGCAUGUUCUGCAUUUUUCCGUCGCUAUGUUCUCUCACCAAAGUCAGCUAUCAAAUGCAGACAUGAUCGCAAGUGCCGUGUCUUUUACACAGAAAGCAAAAUGUGUCGAUUCUGUCGAAUGGAACGAUGUAUGCUGGCCGGAAUGAAGACGUCCGCCGUACAGCCGCCACGUGAAAAAUACAGUGAAGACAGAAGUGACUCUUCAUCAGAAGCCAGUUCGUGUUACAGCUUAAGUCCAUUCGUUUAUGAAGUCCAAAGCUGCUCCACUGAUAUCCCACGUCUUCAUCGCCUAAGCGUUCAUUUCAAGAAUCUGGAAAACGUUCGAAAGCUAGAAUUCGAAAAUCAAGAGCCACCAAAGUCUAGAAACAUGGUGGAGCUGAUUGAGAUCCUCCGAAAGGAUAUCCGUUUAGUGUCAACAUUUGUGGAUGGAGCUUAUCCGGAGAUGGGGAGAAUGGGAAAAAUGGAAAAGAAACUUCUAUUCCUGAAUUUCUUCAUAAAAUACAUGUUGGUAGAGCCCCCAUUUCUUGGAUUAUCAGCUGGCAAAAAAGAUUUGUUAUUGCCCAACGGCGAUCAUUACGAAGAAGAUGUCGGCAGAUUCUAUUCAAUGAUGAAUGUGGAAUCAGUUAGUGGAAAUACGGCAGAAGCAGUUUUUAAGCCAUACUGGGAUGAAUACAAACGGACAGUCAUCGAUGACGUGUGGUUUUUGAAACCGGAUGUUUAUGAAUUCCUCACGAUUUCCGGGUUGAUUCUUUGGGAUACUGGUCUCGAUGGACUCACCGAUCAAGGUGUCGAAGUGUGUCGAGCGAUGCGUGAAAAACUGGUCGGCGAGAUUCAUUUCUAUUACAAGAACGUGAAAAAAGUGGAAGAUCCAUGCUUGAGACUCGGUCAAAUCAUGAUGCUACUGUCUUCCGUUCAAAAAUCGUUCGGGAAGUAUCAGGAGGAACUUCAGAUGUGUGGAUUCUUUGAAAUCUACAAAAACUUGGAUCCCGAAACGUGUCAAAUCAUCAAUGAAUCUUUGCAACUAUGA